AUGUCUUGGCAAGCAUACGUCGAUACCAGCCUCAUCGGCACCGGCAACCUCGACAAAGCCGCCAUCUUCAACAGCGAAGGCAACAGCGUCUGGGCCACAUCUGCCGGCUUCCAAGUCUCACCCGCCGAAAUGCAAGCAAUCGUCACAGCCUACAAGGACACCGCAGAAGUGAAGAAGGUGCAGAGCGAGGGAUUUCACGUCGCAGGCGAGCGAUUCGUGUGUAUCAAGGCGGACGACCGGAGUCUCUACGGCAGGAAGGGGCGUGAGGGUGUGGUGAUUGUCAAGACCACACAGGCAUUGCUGGUAACACACUACYCCGAGAGUGUCCAGCCUGGUGUCGCGGCGAACACGACGGAGCAGUUGGGAGACUACCUGAUCAAGAUGGGAUACUAG